UCAGGCGCGCCGGUCAUGUGAUACGCGCGGUCACAUGGUCUGUGACGGGUUCUCCUGAGUCUCUUUGCUGCCUCCGUAAAGCGUCGCUGGAUCAGGGAGUGGGAAGUGGAUUGUGCGGUGGUGUGUGGCCAUGAGACCGCAGGCAGCUGUGGCCGGUAAAGUCUUUAUCCAGAGAGACUACACAAAUGGAACGUUAUGUCAGUUCCAGACCAAGUUUCCCUCUGAGUUGGAGAACCGGAUUGACAGGCAGCAGUUUGAGGAAACUGUACGGACACUAAAUAACAUGUAUGCUGAAGCGGAGAAGCUGGGGGGCCCGUCCUACCUGGAGGGCUGCCUUGCCUGUUUCACCGCAUACACUAUAUUCCUGUGCAUGGAAACACACUAUGAGAAGGUUUUAAAGAAAAUUGCCAAGUACAUCCAAGAGCAGAAUGAGAAGAUGUAUGCGCCCCAGGGCCUGCUGCUGACUGAUCCAAUAGAGAGAGGCCUCCGUGUGAUUGAAAUUACCAUCUAUGAGGACAGAAGCCUGACUGGGAGAUAGGACCUUGCAGAUGUGGAAGGUCAGACUUUUGCUCUGUAAAUAAAACUCUUCUGCUACCCGACGAUCGUCCUUGACAUUCCUUCAGUCACCAUUCCUGUGUCUGCAGCAAUCCUUUCCUGGUUCCUUCAACUCUGUAUAUAAUGGACCCAAAGCACCACUCCUGUGCCAACGCUUUGUUGCCAGUCUGUGCUAAGUGACUAUUUGAGAUGCAGGGCACGGCCUUAAGGAGAGGUUAAAACCUAACCGCGCAGAAGGAUGCCCCUUCUUGUGGGGGUGGGGGGAAUUGUGCCAUUGGUAUGUGACUUUCCCAGCUUUUAUUUCCAGACAAGACUUGCAUUUAUCUUUAUCAGGGAACUGGUUCCAGAGGUGGGUACACAGUGCUUAUAUAGAGCCUUCAGUUUCCAGCUGCCAUUAGCACUGGUGAAUUAGUAACCGAUUUUGUUUUUGGAACACAUCUUGAGAAAAGGGAAAGUAGAAACCUGUGAUAAGUACUGACGUGAUUGAGUGCUAAUGGCAUCCAUGGCAGGUUAUAGAAUCAGUGCAGCACGUUGGUUUUCAUUUAGUGGGUCACUGUUCUACAUCACACACAACCUGCUUAGUCUGGGCAAACCUGUCCCACCAUCAUUCCGAGCCUUUCAGCUAAUUCUCUCCACCGCCUCUUUGUGGCCUUUGCCCCUAGUACUAGCUGUGGCAUUUUUACAUGGGAUAAAAUAAAAAUAUCACUAUCAGAAGGAAGUUCUUUUACUUUUUUUUUCCCCCAAAUGUAUCUUGCAGCAUCUGAUGGGAAGGGAUAUGGCUUUUCCCUCUUUCCAUUUCUUGUAUUAAUAGGAAUAUACACUGCUCAGGACAGCCUUAUUUCUUUAUCAGUCUAUACAAAGCUGUGCACAUAUCCUAACUGUGCUGUAUAGGAAUCUGUGGAGUACAUGGAAGUGCAGGCGUUUGCAGUAUAUCAGUGAGAGUUAAAGGGCUGGAAAUAAAGCAGAUAUCACAUUGAUGCCUGUGUAAGGCCUGUACGACUCUGAAGCAGUGCUGGCUGCCAGGUAUUGAGAAUUUCAUGUUGUAUUACCCUUGCUACAUCUAAAGUUACUGUUUUUGCAUUGAUUUUCUGUAUGGAAACUACACAUUUAGUGAUAGAGCAGGGUCACCAACAACCUCAUUUAAAAGGCAAAAACCUAAACAAAAGAAAAAGAUCCAUAGCCAUUAAUACUGUUACCCUACCCUUCAGAAGAUGUAAUAGCAUUUUUACAGUGUAAUAAAAGCUACAGAGUUUGCCCAGGUCUAGCAACCAAUCAGAUGCUUAUUUACUUAUUGGCUGCUUCGGUGCUGGUUUAGUACCCCAUAGCAAUCUUUGCAGUUUUUUUUACAUAGCCCCUUGAUGCAGCUCCUUAGGUAGAAUUGCAGGGUCCUGUAGGACUAAAGGGCCAAUUUUGGAAAGCAUCGGGGGUCCAGUGGAAUUCAUGGCACUCUGCAUACAGUAUGCAAACCUUUCAUAUGUUGUAGGACUGUUGCUGCUAAGAAAUAUAUCCUUUGCAGAUGGUCAGGCAUAAAUGUAUGAAAACCAUUGUCAUUUGUUAUUGUCCAUUUAACAAGGGUGCGAUAACCAAUGCCUGUAUGUUGCUGCUCCGUGAUGUAUGCAGCGCUGACACAGGUAUAUUUCCCAGGUGUUUUUCCUUGAAGGUGGUUGUUGGCAACCCUAUGAUCAAGCCUCCUGCCAUUAAAGCUCCCACUUUUGUGUACAUUACCUCACUGUAACAAAUUACAUGCUUUUAUGUAUUGAAUUUAUUAUAAAUAAAACAUAAUUUAUAGGCAUUUGUGACUUGCUGCUCUGAUUCUGGGGUAUCUUAUUGCAGAACCAGUGUUUCUCUGCAAGGGGAGGGAAUGAGAAUUUUAGGUUUCCCAGGGCGGGAGGAGAAAUUUGGGGUUUGUGGGACUUAAUAAUAAAGGUGUAAAUAAUGGGAGAAUCUGAAGUUUGGUGAUGUAAAAGGGUAUUACUUGGAUUUCUUGGGUUAUCCUCUGCUUCUGUGAUCAUUGGUAGUAUUUUUCCCUUUGCUAAAUUAAUGCAUCAGAAAUGCCACUGGUGGGGAGGACCAAAGAAGGACCUGCACAAAAUAAAAAAUAUUUGUUAUAUAAGUUAGGCAAAAAUGUAAUGUAUAAAGGCUUGAGUGAGCAGAACAUAAUAGCCAGACCACUACUUCCUGCUUUCAGUUCUCUAAGCUGUUAGUUGGUGACUUUAGGGUGGGGCCACAUGUGACAUAACUGUUCUGUUAGUUUGUGAGCAUGCAGGUCAGAUUCAAAAGCAAACUAACUGAUCAGCUAUGUCCCAUAUGCGCCCCCCCCCCCCCCCCCCCCCCCCCCCAUAAGUCACUGAUUGGUUACUGACUGCUAACAGCUUAGAGAGCAGUAAAGGAGGAAGUAGUGUUCUGGCUAUUAUGUUAGACAUCUUCUCACUCCAGCCUUAAUAGAUAACAGUUUUGCCUAACUAACUACAUUGAAAACAUUUUUUUUAUUUUGCGCAGUCUAUUUUACCCAGUUUCAUUUUUACACUGAACUGUUCCUUUAAGUUGCACAUUGUUGCUGUAUAUGGUAUGUAAAUAGGUUUUUAUCCUUAAUAAAGCUUUUUUGAAUUUU